GUAGAGGAGAGGAGAGGUGAAGCAGCAGGUCGCUGCCACUAAAUCAGAUUAAUGGGCAAACUGGAUUGUGACGUCAGGGUUUAAAACUGCGGGCAGCGGCGUCUCGCGCUGCUCGAGCUGAAGCGGCGCUGCGCGCGCAGGAAGAAGGCUCGAGCUCCUCUGACUGUCUCACUGACUCUGCACGGGCAAGCAUGACUCCACCAACAACACCAACACCAUAGAGCGGCUCCUCCAGAGACAAGCCUCCAGCCAUGGCCUCCUAUUUGGAGAUACUUGAUGAUGACCAAGGUCAUGAGUUGAGUCUUUUUUGUGUACCUAAACACUAUGAAGAGGACUUGGACAGUGUUAUAAUUCCCAAUGGUCUUAUUAAAGAUCGGACAGAGCGGUUAGCCAGAGAUAUUGUUCGUGAUAUGGGAGGACACCACAUCGUGGCGCUGUGUGUGCUGAAAGGAGGAUAUAAAUUCUUUGCAGACCUGAUGGAUUACAUUAAGGCAUUGAAUCAGAACAGCGAUAAGUCUGUGCCGUUGACUGUGGAUUUCAUUAGGCUAAAGAGCUACUCAAACGAUCAGUCAACAAACUGUGUGAAGGUUAUUGGAGGAGAUGAAUUGUCUGCUCUUGCUGGAAAGAAUGUGCUCAUAGUUGAGGAUAUUGUUGAGACCGGGAGGACUAUGGAAACACUGCUGUCCUUAUUAAAUGAAUGUAAUCCCAAAAUGGUCAAAGUGGCCAGCCUUCUAGUGAAAAGAACACCAAGAAGCUCGGGAUAUCGUCCUGAUUACAUCGGGUUUGAGGUUCCUGACAAGUUCCUGGUGGGCUAUGCUUUAGACUACAAUGAAUAUUUCAGGGACCUUAGUCACAUCUGUAUACUAAGUGACAGAGCAAAAGAGAAGUAUAAAGUAUGAAAAGAAUCCAAAGUGCUGGAUGACUGAAGACAGAGAACCACUGUGACUCCUCCAUGCUGGUUUGGUUAUGAAGAAUUAUUUUUCUACAUCCUACAUGUUUUAUUAAAGGAAUGUGAACUCAUGCAAUGCAGAUCCAAUUAAGAAAUGACCUCUCAUGGUGCUGGAGAGAAACAGAACGCCUGGAAUACAAGUUAUGGUUUUGUUCAGAAUGAAUAGGCCUAGUUUUGUUUUGUUUUGUUUUAAUAGGUUAUAAAUAUCACAACUAUCAUCGUCCUAGAUGUUGUUUUAUGUAUCUUUUUAUUUAUUAUUUUGAUGGAGGCCUUAGAUGUACUUGAACAUUUUGUGUUAUAAAUGGCACUUUUUCUGUGACGUGGCUGUCUCAGACUUUUAGGUCCAGAGACAGAAUGAAAAGUAAGACAUUUAUUUGGAGUUACUAAGGCGGUGCAUGACUGUACAAUUUGUUGUGAUAUAUAAUAAUAAAUAUGUACAGUGUUUUAAUCAUGUACUGACAUAAAGAAUGUAAAACUGUGUGUUGUGUGUGAUGCUGGGAUGUUUUGGUAUUGCCACCAAGCUUUCCUGAAUUACUGCAAUAAAAUAACACCAAUGUA